AUGACCAGCCUCGACGCCGCAGGAGACAAAUUCUACGAGGACCUGCACGCCCUCUUGGCGACUGUGUCGAAAGCGGGCAAGUUGAUUUCCUUGGUGAGUUCAACGCCCGCGUCGGCACAGACCAUGCUGCCUGGAGAGGAGUGCUGGGCCCCCAUGCUCUCCACGAUUCAUUCAGAUGGCACGUCAGCUGCAUGACGGCAUGAUGGCACGAUUCACGGACAACGGAGCUGUCUCAGAGGCAUUCGCAGUGACCAAGGGAGUGAAGCAGGGAUGCGUGCUGGCGCCUACCCUCUUCAGUCUGAUGUUCUCUGCCAUGCUGAUGGACGCCUACCGUGAUGAACGCCCCGGGAUCCGCAUCGCCUACAGGACGGACGGCCGCCUUCUGAAUCAACGGCAGAUGCACUUCCAAUCACGCGUCUCCACAACCACCGUUCGCGAACUUCUCUUCGCCGACGACUGCGCCCUGAACACCACCUCGGUAGAGCAGAUGCAACGGAGCAUGGACCUCUUCUCUGCCGCCUGCGAGAACUUCGGUCUGGUCAUCAACACGCAGGAGACGGUGGUCAUGCACCAACUGUCACCAAACUCAGCCACCGCCCCCAACGCGCCGCCGCAAAUCAGCGUGAACGGAACCCAACUGCAAGUGGAGGAGAACUUCCCGUACCUGGGCUGUACCCUCUCCCAUAACACCAGAAUCGUCGAUGAAGUCGCUCAAAGGAUCUAGAAUGCCAGUCAAGCCUUCGGUCGCCUCCAAAUCACAGUUUGGAAUCGUCACGGCCUCCAACUGGGCACGAAGCUGAAGACGUACAAGGCGGUCAUCCUGCUGACGCUGCUGUACGAAGUGGAGACUUGGACAGUGUACACAAAGCAGGAACGCCGACUGAACCACUUCCACCUCAGUUGUCUUCGUCGCAUCCUGCGGCUGAACUGGCAGGAUCGCAUCCCUGACACUGAUGUACUGAAACGGACGGGAAUCCUCAGUAUCUACACCAUGCUGAGACAUAUGCAGCUGCGCUGGAGCGGCCACCUGGUGCGCAUGGACGACGAACGACUACCCAAACGACUCUUCUACGGAAACGUCGCGACGGGUUCUCGUCGCCAAGGAGGCCAAAUUCGUCGAUACAAGGACACUCUGAAGUCCUCCCUGAAGCGUCUGCAAAUUAACCCGACCAACUGGGAGGAGCUCGCACACGACCGACCGACCUGGAGGAGGACAGUGAAGACAGGCGCUGCGAUAUAUGAAGCCAACCUCAUAGCCGCCGCCAAAGUGAAACGUUAAGCACGCAAAUCACAGCUACGCCCCGUCCGCAACGACGGCACACAACCGCUUCCCACACGUCCUCGAUGUCAACGAACAUUCCGGGCACGAAUUGGACUUACUGGACACGUUCGGUUCGACCGCACCUCUCGGACCGCACAAACCAUCGUCCCUCCGCCCGCCUCUUCCUCGUCCUCUCAGCCGUCAACUAACUCUAACUACUCUUCUGAACCACCCUUUCCAUCCUCCUCUUCCCUCCUCCUGCUCUCCUUCCGCCUUAUGCGGUUCCUCCUCGUCCUCGUCCACUGUCCCAACGACGGCCGCUUUGGCAGCCGUUACACACACCAGCAUCGUACACAUCCCCUGACACAACAACAGACCUCCGACUCCGGAGGUGAGGACCAGGACUACACCUGCCCUCACUGCGACCGCACCUUCACCUCACACACUGACCUGGUCGGUCACGUGCGAAUCCAUCGCACGGAGACUGGCGAUGCUGGGCCUGGAGCACCAACCUUCGCUCAUCGCAGUCUCCUCCACUGCCCACAUUGCCCUCGCACUUCCACGCAUCGCAUGGGCCUCUUCGGCCACAUGCACAUCCACGACGACCUGCGGUAG